CUGCAGCACAUGGGAUUGGAGUCGGAAGAAAGGCUCUAGCAGAGACAAACUGCUCCUGUAAGACCACCAGCACAUGGAUUUUAUUGUAACUACGAAGACUAGACACGCUGCUUCGAGCAUCAGAUGCGUUUGUGGGUUUCAGAGCGGGACGGCGGGGCUGCGACGUUCAGGGGCGUCAGGAAACUCCCACUUCCUCUAAACGGCUUGUGUUUACACAGGAACCUUCUGAAGCCACGUUUUAUUUAGCAGGCACCGUGCAUGCUGCACACUGGGAAGCAGGCGACACACGAGCUGCAGGAAGAACUCAUGGCGCUAAUAGCAAGUGUUAGAAACUAAUCUGAAGUGGGCCUAAAAGUAGCGUUUAGUUCACUCCCCCCUUCGAAACCGAGCAUUAAGAAAAGAAAAGUGUUGUGGGUCAACAUGCAGAGCCAGGAGGAGAAGGAGCGGACGGACAGGCGCUUCCUCCUGACGUACAUCGGCUGGUGCUCGCUCGACAGGCGGACCACGCUGCCCAUGCUGCCGUGGCUGGUGGCCGAGAUCCGCCGGAGGGGCGAGCGGGGCGACUGCGGCCCCGUCCUGCAGCCCCGGGAGGUGCAGCUGCUGCUCUGCGCCCCCUUCGUCCGCUGCGUCCCCGCCGGCAGCAGCAACUCGUCGGUGUUCAUCUUCGAGCACAAGGCGCAGCUCAUCUCCCGCUUCAUCCACAACAGCAACGACCUGAGCUACUUCGCCUACCUGCUGCGGGGUCAGCCGGACAACCCGGAGUCCGACAUGUCCUGUCACGUGUUCCGGGCCGGGGAGCCCAGCCAGGUCCCAGAGGUAAUCAGUAGUAUUCGACAGGUGUCCAAAACGACCCUAAAGGAAGAGGCCAAACCCAAACAGGAAGCAGACGAGGCCUUCUACAACUCGCAGAAGUUUGAAGUGCUGUACUGUGGCAAGGUGAUGGUUGACCACAAGAAAGCUUCGGUCACCCUGAUUGAUGACUGCAUUGACAAGUUUCAUCAGCACGAGACCGAACGAAACCGUCUCCGACUGCUCAACGGUCAGCGAUGGUCUAUGGAGAGCACGUCUCUGGAGUUACUGGUGGAGGCAGAAGGAGACCCACUUUCAUCUGCCCUGAAUAAGAAUGAGGAAAAUAAAGCUGAGGAGGAGGCUAUGCUCACAGUUAAAUGUCCGCCCAGCAGUACCAGUCAGACCAGUCUGCGGGGAGCGUUCCCCGAGUGCAUCCUGGAGGACUCUGGAUUCGAGGAGCCCCAGAUGUUCCGCACACGUUGCAGCAGCCUGGCAGGAAACGUGCAGAGGAAGCCAUGUGAUGGUGGCAUCAUGGGGCCCGCCCGCCGCAGGCACGCCAGUGCGCCAAACAACGUGCAGCCGUCCGAUUCGGACAAGAACCGCACCAUGCUCUUCCAGGUGGGACGUUUUGAAGUGAACCUCAUCAGUCCUGACAGUAAAACGGUGGUGCUGGAGAAGAACUUCAAAGAUAUCUCAUCCUGCUGUCAGGGCGUUAAGCAGACAGACCACUUUGGAUUCAUCUGUCGGGACCAGUCCGAGCCCAGUCCCAGUCAGUACGCCUGCUAUGUUUUCCAGUGUGCCAGUGAACCCUUGGUUGAUGAGGUGAUGAUGACUCUGAAGCAGGCCUUCUCCACCGCAGCAGCCUUGCAGAGCAACAAGACCCCAGUUCAGCUCUGCCAAGCUUGCCCCAUGCACGACCUGCACAAGCUCUGCGAGAGGAUUGAGGGUCUCUACCCGCCUCGAGCGAAGCUAGCCAUCCAAAAAUAUCUCUCCCAGCUGAAUGACAACGAGCAGGCAGAGAUUUUUGAGCGAGUUCAAAAACUGAAGCCUGGGUCAGACCAAGAGGAGAACGAGUUGGCGAUUCUCCAUCUAAGACAGCUCUGUGAAGCCAAACAAAAGUCCCAUUUUCAUAUCGGAGAGGCGCCUCAGAAUGCAGCAAAUAGCUCGGCAGCAGGAGACGGCACGGCCACCGGCAGUCGUUUCAAACUUGACGUUCUCAAGAAUAAAGCCCGCACUUCUCUCACCAGCUCGCUGGAAAACAUCUUUACAAGGGGUGCCAACCGAAUGCGGGGCCGCUUGGGAAGCAUGGGGAGCAUUGGCAGUUUUGAAAGAGAUGAAGAAUCUCCUGGUCAUUCUCCUCCAGGUUCUCCACCUGCCUUCCCUGAUGACGGCCUAGAAUCUGGACAGCACUUCCGUCGGCGCGCUCACACCUUCAGCCACCCGCCAGUGAGGAAGCGCAUCUCGUUUGAGAGCCAGCCGACCAACCAGACCAAGCAGGCUCCUCUCCGCAAGCAGCAGUCCGUCAACCCAGAGCUGCUGCAGGGCAGCAAUGGGGAAGGCAGGAAAAGAACCCUGUCAAGCUGCAGCAAUGACUCGCUGAGUGGAGGUCUCCCUCAGACCCUACACAGGGUCUCCUGGAGACAGAAGAUCUUCCUGAGAGUUGCGUCACCAAUGAACAAGCCAUCUGCAUCCAUGCAGCACACAGACCAACCUGAUGGCACCGAGCUGCUGCCCCUUUCCCCUCGCUCCUUGGACCCAAGUUUGGACCCUUUGAGGCGUCUUUUACCCCUGGCCCACUGUCAGACAUCUGAUGAAAGGCUUACAAAGACAGGAGCCGACUACCGGACCCUGUGGAAGACCGCCAUCCAUCAGCAGAUCCUACUUCUGCGCAUGGAAAAGGAGAACCAGAAACUAGAAGAAGCGAGCCGUGAUGAGCUCCACAUCUGCAAAAUGAAGCUCAACUACCAGGAAGUGGGCCAGUGCUCUAAGGAAGCUCAGGCAUUGUGGGAGAAAAAGCUGUCUGCUCCAGGCAGAACAACAAACCCACAAGACAAGGAGGAGAUAUACCGUGCACUCUGCCAAGGAGUUCCAAAGAGCAGGCGCGGGGAGGUCUGGCUGUUUUUGUCCCACCAGCAUCGACUGCAGCACAGACUGCCACAACGUCAGCAAGCCCCGGACAUCCUCUACCAAGACUUACUCAAGCAGCUCACUGCACAGCAACAUGCCAUUCUGGUGGAUCUAGGACGGACCUUCCCCACACACCAGUACUUCUCUGCCCAGCUCGGUGCAGGGCAGCUUUCUCUCUACAACCUCUUGAAGGCCUACUCUCUGCUGGAUACAGAGGUUGGCUACUGUCAAGGGAUCAGCUUUGUGGCCGGAGUUCUGCUGCUCCACAUGAGUGAAGAACAGGCUUUUGACAUGUUGAAGUUCCUCAUGUAUGACCUCGGCAUCAGACGGCAGUACAGGCCGGACAUGGUCUCUCUACAGAUUCAGAUGUACCAGCUCUCCAGGCUGUUGCACGACUACCACCGUGACUUGUACAGUCACUUUGAGGAGCACGAGAUCUGCCCGAGCCUUUACGCAGCGCCGUGGUUCCUUACACUCUUCGCCUCCCAGUUUCCCCUCGGCUUUGUGUCUCGCAUCUUUGAUUUUGUGUUUGCACAGGGGACUGAGGUGAUCUUUAAGGUGGCCCUCUGUCUGCUGAGCAGCCAUGAGAGGCAAAUAGUGGAGUGUGAUGGCUUUGAGAGCAUCGUGGACUAUCUGAAAACCACACUCCCAACUCUCACACAAACACAGAUGGAACAGACCAUUGCUAAGGUUAUGGAGAUGGACAUCUCCAAGCAGCUGCACACAUAUGAAGUGGAGUACAACGUCCUGCAGGAUGAGCUGCUGGAGACCACCGGAGCGCUGCCCGACGACUCGGACCGCCUCGACAAAUUAGAAAAAACCAACGUGCAGUUAAAGAAACAGAACAUGGAGCUGCUGGAAAAACUCCAAGCCGCUCGGCAGAAGAUCCAGUCGCUGGAGACGAGCGUCGACAGCUUCCUGUCCCGGGAGAGUAAAAUGAAGCACAUGAUUCGCUCCCUGGAGCAGGAGAGGGUAUCUUACCAGAGGACCAUAGAACGCAUGCGUUCCUGCCUUCCCCCCGAUGCCCUGACAGAUGUGGAGAUGACCCAGAUCAAAACAGGACCCAACGGGAAAGCCCAAACUGCAGCCAAGAAGCCCUGA